UCAGCCAAAUGGUGAAGGAAGUGUUUAUUACACUGGCUGGAAACAAGCAGGUUUACAGGGCUGGAGAGCUGGUAUCGGGCGAAUGUAUACUGGAGCUUACUGAACCGGAGACCGCUAAGGCCGUCAGCAUGUACUUCUACGGGAGGUCUAUGGUCAAAUGGGAGGACGUGGAAAUAGGAAUUGGUCACUUCGGUCACGCCAUCCUGCCUAAACCAAAGACGGUUAACCGGGAAAGCAGGGAAGACUAUUUCGCCUUCGUGUUGACACUCUGGGGCUCCAAGAAUGGCCCAAAGUCUGAGCUCCCUCCUGGCACUCAUCGCUGGAAGUUUAACUUCAAGCUCCCACAGCGCCCCCUACCGUCUUCAUUUGAAGGAGAACACGGGGCAAUCCGUUACUGGCUUAAGAUAGAAAUUCACAAGCCCUUCCCAUGGCCGAAUUUCAGACGUUACCGGUGUAUUACAGUGCUGGACGAUCUCAAUCUCAACGCCCCCCACUACAGUAAGCCAGUGAGAGGUUCUAACUCAAAGAUCAUAUCCAAAAUGCUCGGAUUCGGAAAUGUUGGCACAAUCAAAUUGAUUGCGAAUACUGACAGACGAGGUUACGCUCCUGGGGAGAAGAUUGGCAUUUGUGCCACCAUGGUGAACGACUCCGCCAAGGUUAUGGACGGGUCCAGAGCAAAGCUUAUUCAGAGGGCUCAGUACUUCGCCAGUGGGAAAGAGAAAACCGUCGAAAAAACAGUGGCUGAAAUCUACGGAGCAGAGAUACCAAAGGGAGUCACUAUGAAGUGGGAGUGGGAAUGUAUGACACUAGGCUGCCUUCCCCCGUCCUCCAGAAGCGGAAGUUGUCACAUACUCAGGAUUUCCUACUACAUAAAGAUGUUUAUCGCGGUUCCUUUCGGUUUUGACCUUCAUGUUCACUUACCAGUGGUUAUAGGAACAGUUCCCCGUGGGUACAGAUCUGGGGUCACUCCAGGAAAAGCACCCGUUACCUCCUAUGCCAAAUGCAACCAAGGUUUUGAAGCGUUUCCUGAGUCGGAUUCGGUCUUUCCAAACAUUGACUACACCCCAAUGACGGCUUUUGUACCAAAUUUCCGGUUUACCGCCCCUGUUCCUGGACAAAAACCUGCACUCGCUCCAGUAACAGCUAAGGCUACACCUAAAAAGACAAGUUCUCUUCCUGCCGUUUCGUGUUGCUGUCUGGUGAUACGGUUUCUUGGUGAUCAGCUACCAAUACUACAGAGUUCGCUGCGCGCGAAUAAAUCCACUCUGGAAGAUCUCGGUGCCACCGUGAUCGGAGUUACAGACAAGGUGGCCCAGGCCGAAGGGUACCCGUGGAACGAGGGUCAAGGACUGGCCUUAAUUGUUUUCCCCACCAAGGACAAGGCAAAAGAUUGGGUUAGUACCACCCCAGAGGUAUCUGACCAUGACUGGCUGGAAGGGGCCGACAUUACCCUGUUCACUAUGAGAGAAGCCAACAAACCAGAUAUUUCCGAAGGAUUUUUCAGUAUCGAGUUAACGAAAUGCUCUAGGAGUAUAUCACAGGAGGAGAUCACGAAAUUAGGCAGGGUCUAUACUCCUAAGUCGAGAGCCGCAAGAGGGCUUCAUGGCGGAGCGUUGUUAAUCAGCGCGGGAUCAAAGAGCUGGGAGCACCUCCGUGGUGCGGUCGUUUCAAGCCCUAACAUCCUUACCUGCUUACAGUGGCCUAGCGAGGGAAGUUACGAAAAAUACCUGUACUCACUACAAACAGAAGAAUACAAAGAGGCUAUGGACUUCUGGUCGACACUAUUCAGACGAGAAAGCCGGGUUACCUUGGAAACCAUGAAUAUGCGUUGGUGGUCGGAAGAGAGUGUUGGUGACAUCAGUAACACAAACGUUCAAACUGUGAAGACCCAGGAAAAAGAAGAUGUCGAAACCGGAGUUUAUUUCGUCAUUCGGUUUCCUUUCGAGAAAUUUACUCAAUUCCAAGAUGCUAUAAAAGAAAAGAAGGUUCUUUUGAAGGAGUUGAAAGGGCGGCUUGUGGCAAUGGCCCCACAGAUCAUGACGACCGAAGGAACCACGUGGCCCGUGGGCAAGACCUUAGCCAUUGUAAGGUUUAAGGCUUCCGAGGAAGCCAAACAGUGGUUUGGGGAGAUCGGGGAAUUACCUAACACUGCCUGGCUGAGCGAAUGUGACGUUCUUAUCGUGAAGAUGACAGAACGAAGCCACGAUGAUGAUGGUACAUUUGUCCUGACGACUUCUACAAUAUGUCUGAAGAAAGAAUAUGUUGGCUGGUGGAAGGAAUUGCUCGAAGAAAUAAAAGCAGUAAGGUUGAAGCACGAUGGCGUGGCUAUUUUUGGUAUUAGCGACAUGAAAAAAAAGUAUGAAAGACUCCAGGGAGAUUGGCUUACGGAAGGUGACUGGCUGAAAGAUAAGAGGGUUUGUGGCUGUGUCCAGUUUCCCAACGCGCAGGCGUACUUUGCUUGCAAGGCAGAACUUGAUAAAGGGAAACAUGCGGACAAAAAGAAACAAUUGAUACAAACUGAACAGGCGCUUCUAUUUGAGACAGUAGAUUUGUGUUGGCUGAAGGACGACGACACAGAAGACAUGGCUGGUAAAGAUGAUGAACAUGCAGGUGAGAAUAGAGUCGAGUAAUGCAAGCAUGUCAGUUACCGUCAACAUCAACACCACGAAACAUAGCGGCAAUAAUGGGACAGUCAGCCGUGUAUCAGAGAGCAGUCACCGUCAACAGCAAAGCACAGCUGGACACGGCAACAGCAAUGUGACAGUCAUCCGUGUAUCAGAGAGCAGUCACCGUCAACAGCAAAGCACAGCUGGACACGGCAACAGCAAUGUGACAGUCAUCCGUGUAUCAGAGAGCACUUACCGUCAACAUCAACACAGCCAGACACAGCAACAGCAAUGUGACAGUUAGCCGUGUAUCAAAGAGUAGUCACCGUGAACAUCAAAACACAGCCAGAACACAGCAGCAGUAAUGUAUCAGUGAGCAGUUACCGUCAACAUUAGCACAGCGUGGAACAGCGGCAGGAAUGUGACUGCCAGCUAUGUAUCAGUGAGUAGCCGCCGUCAACAGC